GGUAUGUGACUUGCAUUCCCCGACACGCUGACCACACGCCGUGAGCUCAGACUUGGGGCUUCCGAGUGUGGGGCUAAGUCAUGUUUAUGCCUGGACUGAGUCACUUCCUUCUGAGGGCUGCACAGUUUUUGCUGUUACGGUCCCCACCCCCGCCCCCCAGCCCUCCUCGCUCUGCUCCGUCGCUCUCACUUUGCUGUAUUACAAUGGGUUGAGGUAGCCCUUCUUUUUAUGCGGCCACCUACAACUGUGUAUGUGUCCUACCGCAGUGACUUGGGGUUUUCGUUUUUCUCUGACCCGUCUUCAGACAUGCAUCAGUAGUAAAAGAAAAGCUUAAGAUUUAAACCCCAAGACAGAGGUGGACAACUGGGAGUUCUCCUUUCCUUCUUCCUCAUUUCCUCCCACAAAUACUCAUCGAGCUCCUACUGGGCACAAGGCACAAAGGUGAAGUAGAUAAAAAUCCUGUCCUUCCAGAAGCACCUGGGCUAGAGGAGGAGGCGGAUGAAUGUACACAUAAUUUUGGCCACAAACCAGUGUACCAAGGAGUUAUGUAUACGUGUUAGAGGAAGGAAAUGGAUGGCAACAUAGUUGGUAAGACGCCUGGGCCCCUUGGCCACCAUGCUGCUGCGAUAGGUCAGACUCAAUAGGUCACCUCACGGCUUAGCAGUCUGGCUCAGGACAGCAUCGGGCAUGGCCAGUACCUGACGGAGAUGGAGAAGUCCCCGGGGGAGCUCUGGCUGGCCCGGAUGAUGAAGAAACCGACCUCCUUGCCCAUGAGAAAUCGAUGCCUUGUCAAGAUGGAGAUUAAUCAUUUGUAUGUGGGAGCAGCAGAACGGGGGGCCAAUUACCUCUCAAGGGUUUUAUAAACCCAUCACGUAACACCAUCCCAGUGCUCUAAUCCUGCGUCUCCCCUUCAGACUUGUCUCACCUAUGGCGUUCAGGAGGCAAGUGAAAAACUUUGUGAAAAAUUACUCAGAUGCUGAAAUAAAAGUCAGGGAAGCAACUUCCAAUGACCCUUGGGGUCCUUCUAGUUCUCUGAUGUUAGAUAUCAGUGACCUGACUUUCAACACGAUUUCCCUCUCAGAGAUUAUGAAUAUGCUAUGGCAGAGACUCAAGGACCAUGGGAAGAACUGGCGCCAUGUGUAUAAGUCCCUUACGCUAAUGGAUUAUCUCAUCAAGAAUGGAUCAAGGAAAGUUAUUCAGCAUUGCAGAGAGGGGUUCUGUAACCUUCAAACACUGAAAGAUUUUCAACACGUAGAUGAAGCUGGAAAAGACCAAGGUUAUUAUAUCCGGGAAAAGUCUAAGCAAGUCAUAACAUUGCUGAUGGAUGAGCAGUUGCUGCAUAAAGAGAGGGAAAUAGCGUGUCGGACAAGACGGCGUACCUCCUACUCUAUGACAUUUCCUAAAAGAGUGCCUGGGACUGGCAACUCACCGACCGCAUGCGCUUCUGCUCCUACACCAGAAAUUCCUGCUUCAGAGAGGAAGCAUAAGCUGCUUAAGGUUGCAAGGCUAUGUAAUAAAAGCCUUGAAAGCAAGUUGGGUGUAUUUCUGCUCUCAUGGAGGUUAUAUCUCGUGAUGCAUUUCAGUCUGUUUCACAAAAAGACGUUCAAAAAGAGUUUUGAAAACGCUUCCAAGGCAGGAUUGAAACAACAGCAGUGCCAAGACGCUCAGUUGCCUAGUGGAACUGCGUUGUCCCAGGAGACACUACCCUUCAAGAUCAAUGCUUGGAAAUCAACAGAGGACCUGAUGUUGUUUUGUGAGGAUGAUCCACAGCCGCUUUGGCCGGCGAUUCCCCCUGCCAUUCUCGCUCCGACUACGUGGUUGUCAGAAGGGCAAGCAGACAUUUGUCACCUCUGGAAUGCAGAUGCUGUUUCUCCUCCCUCCUUUGUUCUCUCAGAAAAAAGCCCAUCUCUGCAGACAAAUGUGAGUUUGGACAAGAAAUCAGAGAGUACCAUUACAAAUACUGUAAUAGAAAACCCUUUGCAAACACCUCUAGAAAAACAGUCAGCUGGAAAAAGUUUUGAAACGUUGACAGCUUUACCAGCAUUUUGGCCAUCGAAUCAAGAAGAGUUGAUCAGCCCUAAUUUAAGGCUAUCAAAGUCAGAUUCUACUUUCUAUAACCAGGCCUCUGUAGAGACACUCUAUGUCUCUCCCUCAUUCAACGUGUUCGACCCAGUGAAGGAGAUGGUCAUCAAUAAGGACUGUCAGAAACCAGCAGAAUCCAGCGUUGUUCAGAUGGAGGAGGAAAACCUCAAGACCUUAACCGCGUGGGUUUCAACGGCCUCAGAGGGGACAUCCUCCUUUUCUACUUUAUCCAUGUCAUCUCCUGAUUCAGCCUCGCCAGGGAAGUCUGUUCAUCUCUUACCCCCGAUUUUGGCGAGACCUUCCUUCUGGACUUUGUCCCAUCAAACAUCUUCUUCUGCCUCCUUUAAAGAUAAAGAUAAGGCAACCAGUGCUCAUCACCCCUUUGCUCCUGGAGGCCCAGUGUCUUCUGAUGAAGAGGAAAAUGACAACCUCAAUCUACUGGAAAUUCUUCCAGAUAACUCUGAUUCUGCUCAAAAGAAAAGUCACAUUUCCAGCAGUAACUGGGUAGAGUUUUCCACCCAAACUGUAGACCCCUUCACCUCUAUGUCCUGUUCUGGUUUUCAGACAAGCAAAGGCCUGCCUAGGGAGCCUGAAGUGAAGAAUUCCAUUAAGGGUCUUCUAGGGGAGGUAAAGAAUGCGAUAGUCAAAUUACACGAAGAUCUGAGCAUGGUGAUCCAGGAGCUGAACGUCAUCAAUAGCCACCUGGUGAGCAUGGGUGGGGCUAGUCCUCAAAUCAGCAGCUCUCUGCAGCUUCCCCAGUCUUCUGAGGGGGGCUCAGAUCCAGUCUAAUCAUCCCAGUAGCCACUUUUGAUGUAACUCAUGGGGUUACACUUGCCAAAGACGAAGAAGUUAACCUUUUAUAGAUUCUCAUCACUGUGGCGAAAAUAGGGUGAUGGUUUGAUUUCUCUUUGUCAGGUUUGUUAACAAGUAUCUUUCAAACCAGUAAAUUCAUUCAGGUGGUUUAUUUUUUAAAGAGAAAAAGUAUCCCCUUUGAUAAUAUCAUCAGAUUUAGAUAUUAGUUCAUUUGAAACUGAAAAGAAUUUUAUUCUUUCAUGCUCUGUACUUGACCUCAAAAUAUAGUAAACAGUGAAAUUUGUGGUAAGACCUCAAACUGCAAGUGACUAUUGCAGAGCCUUUGGAUAAGUAGACUAUAAAAAGCCCUUUAUUUUACAACUCUGUGGAGCUUCAUUAUUAACAAGCCUUUGCCUUGACUGAGGAGGAGUGAGUCUGGGGUGUACGUGUCACAUGUUCUCGUGUCGGGUUUCAGGCUCUGCAAACCAAGGGCCAGAAAUCUUUCUUUUCUUGUGGAUGACACGGGUGGUUGGGAGUUCAUUUGAGACAAGUAGGACAUGGAACAGGUGUUAUCGUUAAUGUAUAUUGCAAAGUGAAUUCAAAUGUAUACUCUUUUUUUUCUUGUAUUUCAGAAAAUAAAUUUGGUAUUUUUCAUCUUA